AUGGCGCAACCCGCACUAAUUCCUGUUAUUGUUGGCGUGGGUGAUAUCAAAAACAAAAAGUUAACAGUUGAGGAUGCGAUCGAGCCGAUGCAACUAAUGCGCCUGGCAACCAUACGUGCUCUUGAAGACACCGGUCUCUCAUCCGAAGCUUCGAAACAGUUUCUGGCAAGUGUUGACAGUGUCAGUGUCGUUGCAACAUGGACUUGGAACUAUCCUGACCUGCCUGCCCUUCUCUCAGAGAAACUGGGAAUAAGCCCUUCUCACAAGACUCUGAGUCCUCACGGCGGAAACUAUCCAGUAAGUCUUAUAGAUGAAGCUGCGAGACGGGUUUCGUUGGGACAGAGCCAAGCCUGUAUUGUAACCGGUGGAGAGGCCUUGGCUUCCGUAAAUGCAUGUGCUGCCGCGAAGAAAUCACCUCCGAGAUGGACACCAAGCGAUCCAAAAACGAAAAGUGUGUCUACAUCUAAACUGCCAGACACCCAGCAGACUCCCGGCUCCGUCCACUCCAUUGGGCUACCAAUCCACAUCUAUCCAUUAUACGAAAACGGAUUCCGAGCAAAGCGACGCCAAACACCCGAAGAGAAUAAUGCAGAGUCAGCAAACCUGUACGCAGAAUUUGCCCAAGUUGCAGAGCAGAAUCCCAUGGCUUGGAACUAUGGACAACCUGCCAAAUCAGCAAAAGAGAUUGGCACUGUCACCAAAAAGAACAGACUGAUAUGCUCCCCUUAUCCGCUACUUAUGAACGCCUUCAACGCUGUCAACCUUGCUGGAGCAUGCCUUUUGACCUCCACCAAAUUCGCGACAGAGUUUGGUAUUUCUGAGGACAAAUGGAUCUAUCCGCUGGGCGGCGCAGGGGCAGAAGAUAGUGAGAACUUUUGGGAGCGUCUCAACUACUACUCUAGCCCCGCUCUCUCAAACGCACUGGAUGCGGCAUUAAGAGUUUGUAAACUAUCAAAGGACGACAUUGAAGUCUUUGACUUCUAUUCAUGCUUCCCCAUAGUUCCUAAACUCGCAUGCCAUCAUCUCAGUUUGCCUAUUGCCAAUUCUCCUAAGCCGGUAACCUUUCUGGGUGGACUAACAUCGUUCGGUGGUGCUGGUAACAAUUACUCUAUGCACUCUGUGAUCGAAAUGGCGCGCGAGUUGAGAAAGGGAGCGCGGCAGUACGGCCUCGUAUUGGCAAAUGGGGGGAUACUCACGAAACACAAUGUGCUCUGCCUUUCCCGCAAACCCCGCAAGGAUGGCUCUCGUUAUCCCGCAACGAACCCUCUAGCACAGUGGAAACUGGAAGCUGUCAUUCCACCAAUCGCAGAGCAGGCAGAUGGAAAGGCAAUACUUGAGACAUAUACCGUCGAGUUCACCAGGGAAGGGAAGCCGACUCGCGGUCAUAUUGUAGGAUUAUUGCAGGGUGGACGUCGCUUUGUGGCCCAUCAUGGGGACGAAGGUACCCUGCAGCAGCUUGCAAGUCAAACGAAAGAACAAGUUGGAAGGAAUGGGUGGGUGAGGGCUGGAGGCAAUGGAAAGAAUUACUUUGUGUUUGAAGAAGCGGGACGGCUGUGAUGAGUUUUCAAUGAAUACAUAUUUCAUCCGCAAGACCAACUCGUGCUUUAUUUGAAAGUUAUAUAACUACCGCUUUUUCCAGCAUUUGCUUCAGUUAC